AUGAACAAAGCCGACAUGACUAUGCAGCGCAAUGAGCGCGAUGCCUCCCCCGAAAGAUUCUGCGGCCCCCGUCCCAGCCAUGAAAUCGAACGCGUUCCUACCGCCUACACCUCCUCCACCGAGGCUUCGCGGGCCCCUUCCAUGCGUCAAGGGAUGCUGCUAGGUCUGGCUACGACGCAGCGCGAUCUGGAGAGACAUCCUACUGUUCUGAGCCGUGUCCAAACCGCCAAAAGCCAACACUCGGGGACUGUUGGAAGAAGCAUCACAAGCAAGAGUAGGGAGAGAAAGAAAGCUCUUCCGGGGAUGGGACUGGGGAAGCCGUACCCGCCAUUACUUCCAGAACAGGAGGAAUACGUCGUCGAGUUCGAUGGCCCGGAUGAUCCUUUACAUGCGCAGAAUUGGCCCAUGAGAAAGAAACUCUUGACGGCGUUGAUCCUUGGCUACACAACAAUGGUUGUUGCUUUCACAUCCAGUAUCUUCUCGACAGCCACAGCCGUCGUAGCAGCGCAGUUCAACGUCUCAACAGAGGUAGGCUUGUUGGGCUUGUCUCUCUACGUGCUUGGAUUUGCUCUUGGUCCCGUCUUUUGGGCUCCACUGAGCGAAUUGCAAGGACGACGAAUGCCUCUAGUCAUAUCCAUCUUUGGAUUCUCGGUCUUCCAAGUUGCUGUUGCCGCAGGCAAGGAUCUUCAGACUGUCCUGCUGUGCCGUUUCUUUGGAGGACUGUUUGGCGCGUGUCCACUGGCGGUUGUAGGUGCGGUCUUCUCCGAUAUGUUCGACAAUCGAACUCGUGGGCUGGCCAUAACCCUUUUUUCCGUGACGGUUUUCACUGGUCCGCUCCUUGCACCAUUCAUUGGCGGCUUCAUCGUCGAAAGUCACCUUGGAUGGAGGUGGACCGAAUGGGUGGUUGCUAUUAUGGGAUUCGCAGCUUUCAUCCUGGAGGCCUUGUUCCUCGAGGAGACAUACCCACCCGUCAUUCUGGUCUCCAAAGCCGCUGAAUUGCGCAGAAGAACCAAGAACUGGGGUAUCCACGCCAAGCAGGAGGAAAUCGAAAUCGACUUCCGCGAAUUGGUCACCAAGAACUUCUCUCGCCCCAUGCGAAUCCUGUUUACCGAGCCCAUCGUCCUCCUCCUGUCAAUUUACAUGUCCUUUAUAUACGGACUUCUUUAUCUUUUCCUAAUUCUCUACCCUGUCGUCUUCCAACAAAUCCAUGGCAUGAGCAGUGGUAUCGGUGGUCUAACCUACUUUGGAAUGAUUGCUGGUCAAAUCAUCGCCGGAAUCUACGUUGCUCUCACUCAGCCAAGUUACAACAAGAAGCUCCUCGCCAACAACGGUGUUCCGAUUCCAGAAUGGAGAUUGCCUCCGGUCAUUCUUGGAGGUAUUUCCUUCGCCGCUGGUUUGUUUUGGUUCGGCUGGACCGGCUACAAAGCAGAGAUUCACUGGAUUGUCCCUACCCUUUCUGGUCUCUUCACCGGCUUCGGGCUCCUUGCUAUCUUCCUCCAAUCAUUGAACUACCUCGUUGAUGCGUACCUCAUGUUCGCAGCAUCCGCCAUCGCUGCUAAUACCUUCCUUCGCUCUUUAGCUGGAGCUGGAUUUCCACUAUUCGCUCGGUACAUGAUCGAUGCUCUGAAGGUCAACUGGACUGCAACUCUCCUCGGCUGUGUCGCGGCCGUUCUUAUUCCGAUCCCGAUGGUCUUCUACAAGUACGGCGCCAAGAUUAGACAAAAAAGUGCGUUCGCACCAACCAUGCCUGUGGAUCCUGUCAGCGAUGAUGAGCCUUCCACGGCCACGGAAAAGGUUGAGAGCAGGGCGAAUGCCGAUGCAAAUGUGUAG